CUCAACAAUAUAGAAGAAUUUGCAGUCCACAUCUGUAAUCAUUUUCUAACAACACAUAAACAGGUAGUUCAUGUAACUGUCAACAUUGAUGAGUCACCCUGGAAACGUAUCCAACAGAAAGGCGUUGACCAUGCUCAUGCAUUUGUUCUCACUCCAGAAGUGACAAGAUUCUGCUCCGUUACUCAAGCAAGGGGAGAGGAUCCCAAGGUAUCAAGUGGCCUCAAGGAGAUGCAGAUAUUGAAAACAACUCAAUCAGGAUUUACAGGAUUUUGCAAAGACAAAUACACAAUUUUGCCAGAAGCUACUGAUCGUCCAUUCUCCACCAAAGUGUACUGCCAGUACAAGUUUGACACCACAAAGGGUGUGGACUUCUCUUCCUGUUGGAAUCUUGUCAAGAAUACAAUCUUGGAGGAGUUUGCUGGGCCUCUGGACACUGGGGUCUACUCACCCUCUGUACAGAAUACCUUAUACAAGACAGAAGCAAAGAUCUUGGGCAGUAUUCCACAGAUUGGUUAUGUGGAAAUGGUGAUGCCAAACAUCCAUUACUUCACAGUGAACAUGGCACCAUUUGGAAUAGCAAACAAGGAUGAGGUUCUGAUGGCUACAGACAAGCCAGCUGGUAUGAUAAAGGCAGCUCUGUCAAGGAAACCUGUGGCAAAGCUGUAAUCAGCAUGGGCUGUUUGUGACUGAAAGGGCUCACUUACCUGUGAAUCAAAAUUUGUGAAUCUUUCUCCCACAGUUGAUUCAGUAAUUUGCUUUAACGCAAACAACGCAUCUAUUUUAUCAUUGAUAAUUAUUUUUGAUGCCUUGAAAUGAAAAGUUAAGCAGGGCGAUGAGACAAUAAUAAUUAUUCUUGUUACAAUAAUGUGAUAGUUCGUUACUGGACAAGUGAAAACUGUUUGACUUUGGUUUUUAACCUUUUAACUCUCAGGAUUUGAUUGUUAAUUCCUCCCUCUAGCUGCUACACAAUUCCUGGUAAACUAGUUACGAGAAUCUGAUGUUAGAUCAAGGUAACAACUUCGGCCUGAUAAGUUUUAGUAUUCUCAUUACCUGUAUGCUAGAUAAUGUAUGGAUAUCAUAGGGAAAACUUACAAGAUUAUCACUUCUGGGAGUUAAAGAGUUUAGUGCAUUCUUAAAUCAUGGGUAAGAGAAUUAGAUAUCUGAGAUAAUAUACUCUUCGUGAUCUCAAUCGAUGUUAAUUCUUGAAUCCCAUACAUACAUACGUGAUUUUUAUUAGCAUUUCUAGAAAAACUCAUAGAUUCAUUGUUGUCAAUUUGGAAAUAGGAAUUACAUAAGAAAAAUCGGGUAAUUCAAACUUUUUAAAGGUAUACAUAGGAAAUAUUUCAAACUAAGUACAAACGCUGAGGAUUGGCCUCUUUAUAUGUGAAGCCAACGAACUGCCACUAUAGACCGGCAACUCGGUAGGGGCAGUUCUUGGUAUUUUUGGUAAGGGCUCCAGAAAAGACAGAAUUUUUAUCUCCCCUUGAGCCCAAAUAAGCAAAGAAUACUUUAACACAGGUAAUUUUUUGUAUUCUUGAUAUUAAGCGAUAACAUGCGAUCGUAAUGAGAGAUUAAAGAGCAUUGAAAAAGA